UGCUGUCGUCUGCUACGCUACCGCAGUUUUCGCAUCAUGCGCAAAUCAUCGGUGGACGACGACGACGCGACGACAGCACGACGCGACACGGUACAGCGAAUCGAGUCGAGAUAUGUCGAGUUAAGACGCGUCUCGUCGAGGGAGAGGGAGAGAGGACAGAUCCGCGGAGUAACGCGGGCGUCGGGCGUGAGUCAGUAAUGCAGCGACGGCCGAGCGAGCCGCGGUAGUUGACCAACCUCGGUGGGAGGCUCGCCGUCACGGAUUUGCCCGAAUAAUGCGACGCGACGGAGCCUGCUUGAUGCCCCCGUGAAUCCGCGGGAAACAUUACAGCGAGAAUAACGCGACACGCCGUUUAACGGCCCGAAAUUACAUCUGUCCGCGUCGUCGUCGCCGCCGCCGAGGUGAAUAAUUGAUAAGACACCGCGACAUGAUGACGUCGGCGCUUACCUCAUCGACACGUGCGUAAAACGAUACCCCCCUGAGGAUGACGGUGUGUCCGACGACGACGAGCACAUGAUACCACGUAGCUGUUGCAAGUUUGCUGACAGAGGGAAAAAAACCGUGCAGGUUGCUCGACUCUCGCGACGUCCACGUCUCCCACGAGAUCCAGACUAGGUGGACGCAACGUUCACGGACACACGACAGCAAGCCGGAGUAAUAGCGUAAGGAGAGAAAACGAGCGCGUGCCUCUCUCUCUCUCUCGUUUUAUGCAUGCCUACUUCUUAAGAGGAAAACUAAACUUACUAAUUUUACCGAGGCUUCAACGCAUAGGAUAUUCAAUAUGUGCCACACCUGCGAGGAGCUCCCUUCGCGCGACUAACUGAUGGCUUAACCGAGCAAUUAACCGAGCUUUCCCCGAUAAGAUGCACGAGGAUAAUGAUGCGAACGGCACGAGAGGGUACAGCAACGCGACGGACGUCGCCGAGUCGAUUUUGUACACUAUACUGGUGAACGAUCUCGCGACGGUCUCCGCAAGCAUGCCGAGCACGGUCUACAACGACAGCGUGUCCACGGCGGCGUACGCGGAGCUGCCGCAGGACGGCGAGGGCAGCCAGCGAUUGUGGAACUUGUCGAAAACCGCCGUGACUCUGCUGUCCGAGCCCACGGCGACGUCGUAUAACGCUUCGAGAAGCGCCACGACGUACGCGCCGACGACCACCACCGAGUCCUUCGACGAGUUCGGUCCACCCGAAGGCGUAGAAUAUAUCUUUGUGCCACUCGGUGUGGUGGUCUCUGUUAUUAUACUAUCAGCUGUGGUAUGGGUGCUGAUUAUAUCGAGGAAGCGCAAGCUGGAGCGUUUGAGACACAGGCUCAUGCCAAUGUACAACUUUGAUCCCGGCGAGGAGGAGGAGGACGACUGGGAGACGGAGCUGCUGGACGAGUGCUACAACACGCAUCAGAGACGACAAGGAUACCAAUCCAUGGAUACUGAGGAAAAUGCGGAGCUAUUCGGUGGUCAUUAAUAGCACACUUUUGCAUGGCAUUUGUAUCAUUUUUUUUUCAUGGCUACAACUACCAUAGGCUGAAUAUAUUCAUUUACCGUAAUUCCUGUACGCGCGAGGCUCUUAGCAUACUGGAAUUCGCGGCCUCGGCUGAGAGCUACAUUUAUUCUUAUACAAAUUCUCCAAGACCAAAGUUUUGUAAAAGAAACUAGUAUAUUAGAAAUAUAUUCAACUCCA